AAUAAAUUUUCAUCAUUGCAGAAAGCCACUGGGGGUUUGACCAGCCGCAAUCCCAAGCAGUGAUUAUAAUUCAAAAUGCGUUUCAAGAUCACCAUCGCGUUCGUGAUUGUUCUCGCGUUGAUCCUGGCUUUGUGCAUUGAUGCCCAGAAAAAUCGCCGCAACAACAACAACAAGAAAAACAAUAAGAAGAAGAACAACAACAGCAACAAUGCAGCAGCUGCAGCUGUUGUAGCUGUUGCUGCACCUAUUCAAGCACCAGCUGAACCCUCUGCUGCACCACAGACAUCAGAGUGCAACACACCAGAGUGUAAGUUGCUGAAGGCAGAGUUGGCCAAGUUGCAAGAGACAUUGGCCAUGCAACAGGCCCAACUGGCCACUGCUGCUCCUGUCACCUCACCAAAGCCCACCACUGUGAGGGUGACUAAGGUGAAGACAAAGAAACCCACAACUACCACACCAUUGCCACCACCAGCAGAAGCUGCUGUGGACACAGGAAAUGGCACUGCUGAAGCUGGGGCACAAUCAUCAUCAUCAUCAUCACCAGCAGCAGGGGCUGUUUCAGAAGCCAGUGUUGACCCUAGUGCUGCUACUACUGAAGCCAGUGCUUCUUCUGUGCCUGCUGGUGAUCCAUCAGCAGCACCUUCAAAUGCACCAGCAGUGGAGUCUAGAGGUGGUGUCAGCAGCCCUGCUGAGCUUGUUUCAACAGGAGCUGAGGCAUCAAUAACAAGUGCAGACGGAUUAGCUACAUCAACUCCUGUAGCAACACCAAAGCCAACAACAACCACCACCACCACCACCACUCCAGCUCCCAUCACAGAGCCCCCAGUGCCAACAAUGUGCCCAGCUGCAGAAAUCAUUGCACCUUGCACAUGCACUCCACCGCCACCAGGGGAUCACCUGCCUAGCAUGGAUUGCUCACCUGUAAGAUCCCUGGCUGAACUCAGCAAAAUGGCAUCCAAGAGGGUGAAUGGCACCAUGUUCAAGAGGAUUAUCCUGCAAGACACUUUUCUAAGCCACCUACCCAGGGGUGCCUUUGGAGUGCACAGAGCUGAAGAAUAUUGGAUCACCAACAAUCUCCAGCUCACCAGGAUUGACAGAGGGGCAUUUGGUACAGGAAACCCUCACAGCCUAGUCAUCCACAACAACGUCCUCACCACAUUCCCAUGGCAGGACCUGAGAUCCAUGACGAACCUCAAGUACUUCAUUGCAUAUGCAAAUCAGUUCACAGAUAUCCCAGACAGGGCCUUCGCAGCUAUGAGUCCCAAAAUAGUGGACAUUCUCCUGCACAACAACACUAUCCAGUCUGUGGGAGAAUAUGCCUUUGCCAGGCUGCCCACUCUCAAUGCAGUCACCUUGCACAACAACCUCAUCUCUGAGCUCCAGAGUAAUUCCAUGUACUUUGACGCCUCGCCCAAUUUCGUCACACUGGAGAACAACUUCAUCAAGAGUGUGGAGAAUGACGCUUUUAGUAGAGCAGUUCCAUCGAACCUCAUCAUGGCUAACAACCUUCUGGAAUACCUUGAUAAGGAUCUCUGGUUUCCCGUUCUGGUCAAUGUCGCCUCGGGUUCGGCAAGGUUCCCCGACAGGCAACACAGCGUGGAUCUUUCCGAUUGUGGGGAAAAAGAAGAGGCGUUGUCCCCGGUGAGGUCGUCGUGGUGCGUACUUGUCGUUGUCGCUAGGGCUUCGUUGUUCGGUGGCAGGAAUAAGAAGGACAAAUCCGGCAGGAAAGCGACGACCACGGAGACCCCGGAUGUGACCGAGCCAGAGGUUCAGCAAGUUCCGGAAUUGAAACAGGAAGUUCGCGUUGAGACUAGCCACUCUGUGUCGGAUCCUCAUACAAGACAAUUGCGCUCACCAGUCCCGUUCUCUCGUGCUUGA